CUCCUCCGGUUCAAAUCUGAAAGGAAACUGCUCCUAUGCACUGUCUCUGUGUGCUAGUGUAAAUUUAGUGUGAUAUUUAGAGUCUGUUUAACAAUGGAGGGCUCUGUAUCAAAUGUGGAGGUCUGUAAUUUUGCUUACACAGGGCAGUUUGAAAAAUUAAAACAGUGUAUUCUGUCUGAUAAAACGCUUGCCUGCAAAACGGACCAGGACCGAAGAACCGCUCUUCACUGGGCUUGCUCUGCUGGCCACACCGACAUUGUGGAGUUCCUGCUUGACCUGGGAGUUGAAGUGAAUCUACAAGAUGAUGCUUCGUGGACCCCUCUUCACAUUGCAGCAUCUGCAGGCAGAGAAGCCAUAGUGAGGUCUCUAAUAUUCAAAGGAGCUCAGCUGAAUUCAGUUAAUCAGAACGGCUGCACGCCUCUGCACUAUGCUGCCUCUAAAGACAGAUAUGAGAUCGCCUUGCUGUUGCUGGAAAAUGGUGCAGACCCCAAUGCAACUGACAAGUUGGAGUCCACUCCCCUUCACAGAGCGUCCGCCAAGGGCAACUAUCGCCUCAUUCAGCUGCUUCUCAAACAGAGUGCCUCGACUAACAUCCAGGACUCACAGGGCAACACACCACUCCACCUGGCAUGUGAUGAGGAGCGUGUGGAAGCAGCCAAGUUGCUGGUAGAACACGGAGCCAGCAUCUACAUUGAGAACAAGGAUGAGAAGACCCCUCUCCAGAUAGCCAAGGGUAGUCUGGGCAACAUACUUCGUCGGAUUGUGGAGGGAUGAUGCAUUUACAGACCUACAAGUCAUAUUCCAGCUUGAACCCCCCCCCCCAUCACUAAGUUACAUAAUGAGAAUUCUCAGCCCAGUUGGUCCUCCUUGAGCGGCCUGGUGUGGCGCAUUCAGAUGUGUAACAGGUGGAAGAUGAGACAGCAUCAGGGAGAAAAGGUGGACUGAACUGCAUUAGUUCAGCAGCUCCUCAGCAAGGGAUGUGAAGCUGCGCAGACCUUAGAUUUCGGAUUAAAGAAAAAAAACACUCUCUUGCACUAAGUGCAGUGUAACACUGCAGCCUCUUUUCUAUGAAGUUUAAAUUGUAAACUUUAAUAGUUGCAAAUAUGACAAUAAAGAUCAGUGUUGAGCC